ACGUGGCUUGAUCGUCUUCUCUAAAGACCCUCAGAACCUGGACUCCUCAGUGAACCCUAGUGUUCGAGGAUACAACAGUCAGGUGCCAAGGUCAAGCAGCGGCUUUUUAGGGUGCAUUGAGACUCUGUUUCCUAACGAGAAUUGUGCGCCCUGCAAAUUGGGACUCCAUUAGUCUCGGGGAAGAGCUUCUCUCUGUUUAGCGUUCACCUCCUCGGUUUAGGAUAAGAGGACUCACCCUGGAGUUCAGCGGCAACUGAGCGCUGGGGCCACCAUGGGGCAGCGGUGGCUUCCCCUCCUGGUGGCGGCGCUGGCCGCCUGUCUGCUUCCUGCCCGGGGCUGUGUCAUGUGUGAUCCAAAGGUCGUGGAAGCUCUAAACUCCUUAGAGACUGAUUACCUGCCUGGCCACCUGGAGGCCAAGGAUCACAAAAACUUGAUGAUAAGGGUAAAGGAAGCCGUGGAGGAUUUCAAGAAUCUGCCGAUUGACGAGGACUCCUAUAUGGGGGUCGUCGACAAACCAACACUAGAAAAAGCAUCCUGGAGUUUGCUGAAGGAUAUGAAACGCGUCACAGACAGCGACGUAAAUGGUCAGCUCUUUGUGAAAGAGCUGUUGUGGAUGUUGCACCUGGCAAAGGAUACCUUUGCCAGCUACGCUGCUCAGUUUCAAAAAGAGGGUUUUUGUCCCAACAAAUGUGGUUUGAUGUUGCAGCCUCUGAUCUGGUGCAGUACCUGCCAGGAGCAGGUUCACGCUUGUCGAAAGUCCUUGGAUUGCGGAGAGCGCAAAGUCGAGGUCCAUCAAAUGGAAGAUAUGAUCCUGGACUGUGAGCUCAACUGGCAUAAAAUCUCUCAAGGCCUGACCGAUUACAGCUUUUACAGGGUUUGGCAGAACAAUUCUGAGACCUUGAUGUCCAAGGGGAUACAGCCAACCCUGACCAAGAUCAUGGUGAGUCCAGAGGAUGCAGGCAUCUACCGCUGCGAGCUGGGUUCUGUGAAAUCCAGUCCAGCCACGAUCAUCCAUUUUCGUGUCACAGUAUUGCCCAAAAGAAUCGUGGAGGAGAUACCAUCACCAAACACCGAAACCCAGGAUGAGAUGGCACCGGGUGAGGUGACUCUGGGUCGCCCCCAGCCGUCCACAACCCUCCAGUCACAGUCAUCGAAGCCCGAGAAUGUGCUAAGAAGCCGCCUCGUGGGGCUGCUGAUCUGGGGCUUCGUGGUGCUGAUAGCUGGCGUUGUGACCGCGAUACUUUACUUUGGGUCUGGGAAAGUGAUCGAUUUCAUAAAGUCCUCCUGGUUCAGCACUGGCCAUGGAGAUGCUCAGGACUCCGGGGUUUCAGCAGAAAAGACCGAUAAAUCAGGGAGAAAAUAAAAAUUUAUCUGGUUGUCUAAGUAUCU